UCUUCCUGAAGAGGCGCCUGUGGCCUCAUUGACUAUUCAUAAGCCCGAGGGGCGGGCUUUUCCUAGUGAAAGCCGUUGGCGUCGACUGGCUGAGGUGAAGGCGGAGGAGGAGGCCGAGGAGAAGGAGACUGAGGUGAAGGAGGCUGAGGAGAAGGCUGAGGAGAAGUAGACUGAGGAGAAGGCCGAGGUGAAGGAGGCCAGGGUGAAGGAGGCCGAGGAGAAGGAGACUGAGGAGAAGGAGGCUGAGGAGAAGUAGGCCGAGGUGAAGGAGGCCGAGGAGAAGGCUGAGGAGGAGGAGGCCGAGGAGGAGGAGGCCGAGGAGAAGGAGGCCGAGAGCUUUGAUUUGAAAGUAUUUCGUGGAAGUUGAAAGUCCUCUGAGGAGAAGGAUAGUCGUGGCCCCGAGAGGAGGAGGACUGGAAGCCUCAGCACCAAUUUUUGAAGAAACUAGCCUUCUUGCAGCAGGCAGGAGAGCAUGACACUAAAGCAGUAGUCAAGACGUGCAUCUUGAUCUACAAACCCAAGGUUCUGAGUAAACCAAUGACUUCUUAGGAUCUUGGUUUCCUAAUCUACAAAGAUAGAUGUACACUGAACAAGACCUGAAAAGUUGGAUCUAUGUUUAUGUUUACAAAAAAGAAAUCAGACUGCGGAGGAAUUAAUUUAACCAGAGUUAUACAACUAUUAGGUUAGAACUGUUGAAAGAACCCUGACUCAGUCUCACGAUGACCACUGCUCAGCUCUCCCGUGACACCAGAACACUAAAGGCAUCUAAGAGCACAAUUUUCCCAUCCCAAAUCACUAAUGAGCAUGAGUCACUGGUAAUGGUGAAGAAACUUUUUGCUACUUCUAUCUCAUGUAUAACAUAUUUGAGGGGCCUGUUUCCAGAGAGCUCUUACAGAGAUCGCCAUUUAGAUGACCUGAGUUUAAAAAUUCUCCGGGAAGACAAAAAGUGUCCUGGGUCAUUACAUAUUAUUAAAUGGAUUCAAGGUUGUUUUGAUGCUUUGGAAAAGAGAUACCUUCACAUGGCAGUGCUAACACUGUACACAAAUCCCAAGGAACCUGAGAAAGUGACUGAGAUAUACCAAUUCAAAUUCAAAUACACAAAAAAGGGAACCACUAUGGACUUUGACAGUAGUAGUACAAGCUUUGAAAGUGGGACAAACAGUGAAGAUAUUAAGAAAGCCUGUUCCCUACUGAUCCGUCAAUUGUAUAUACUAAUGCAGAACCUUGGACCCCUUCCUAAUGAUGUUAUACUUACCAUGAAACUCCAUUAUUAUAAUUCAGUGACCCCAUAUGAUUACCAACCCCCUGGUUUUAAAGAAGGCGUGAACUCACAUUUCCUACUGUUUGAUGGGGAGCCUGUGAGCCUUCGAAUGGGUUCAGUCUCCUCUGGCUUUCACAGCAUGAAAGUAAAAGUCACAACUGAGGCCACGAGAAUGCUUGAUGGGGACAACAGUCCCAUUCCGGAGAAUGGCACUACUGAGAUAGGCCAUCAGGGUCUUGACUGUGAUGAGGAAGAAGAGGACAGCAGCAACCAAAUUCAAAAAAUGAAUUGUGUACACAUUGAGCCAAGUUUUGAAAGCUCCAGGAAGAAGAGGAAGAUCAGUGAGCCAGUGAAAGUCUUCAUCCAUAACAGAAAAUGAAACUUCUGUGACUUUACUACAUCGUUCGCAAAAACAUGUAUGAAAUGUUGUAACAGGAAAGUAAGUUCUUAUCACCAAAACUUUUUUUUUAAGUUUUUGCUCAACUUUUUUGUACUCAGUUUCUAAGCUGCCAAGCUGUUGGGCAGGACAUGGGUUCUCUUUGCCAGAAGGAAACAAGAUCACCAGGGCUGCCAUGGGAUGGCAUUACCUCACAGCCAAGUUAGAGAUGAGACACACUUUGUAUUUGCAAAAGAACCACAGCAGUUAUUUUGAAAAGAAAUAAGCUGCUGUUCUUAAAGAAAAGGAUUUUUCUUUAAUUAAACUCUCCAGGUAUCUAGACUACUGUGAAAUAGUCUGACUUGUUGGAACCUGUGUGUUGGAAUCCUUCUAUAGCUUUAUUAAAACUCACACAGAAUAGCAUAGGAUGUGCGUGGAGGUGCUUAGCCAGGUGUGAUUUAUAUGUUGACUUCAAUCACAAGGUUGAUCAGCAGCAUGUGGACCAGGAUGCCCUCCCUGUAAAAUUCCUCAGCUCUGGCCCCAGGCCCUGUUUUGUUGGCCAAUCCCAAACAGCUGACAUGCCACACAAUUCAGGAGCCUGGUUCCCUCGUAAGACCUAUGUUGAAUAUUUUCCAAAAAAUCCUUGAGUUUAUCGGUCUGUAACUUGCAGGUGAUUCUGUUAGUCCCCUCCCAAUUCUGGAAGAAUUUUGAUAGGCUUAAUGAUUAAUGUGCUAUGAAUAAUAAAUGACUUAAAGAAU